GUUUCAUGGUACCUACUUAUGUAAUCUUUGUGUUAGGCUUUUAGCCUCUCUACUGGUGAGUUAGGUAACGUCGUGACUUGAGCUCAGCCCAAUCAUCCAGCUCUUCACAAUCACACCCAUCCUUCAUGCAUGUAUUUUUCUUUCUCUUCACUGAUCUACCAUAAUAAUCAUCAACUAAUUAUUUAUUCAUUAAUUUAAAUAUAUAUAUAUAUAUAUAUAUUCACAGCACAUCCGUUGGUGUAAACGGGCGAUCUCAAUUAGAUUACAGAAAACAAACGCUAUACUAUAUAUAUGUAGUGACUUGAGUGGAUUAGUGAUGGCCUGAUGGGUAGUGUUAUAAUUUUCGUACAAAAUUAUACAAUGUCAGUUUUUCCGUAUAUAAACUUAAAAUUAUAUUGUACCAUCAAAGGUUUUUCUUACUUUUAAUCGGAUUAUGUAUCAAAAGCAUAAAAAAUAUUUACGUAUUUAUUUUUAGGGGAAAACAAACUAAAUAUAUAUAUAGUAGCAAGAGAAUGGAAGAUAUGUUGUUAAUAAAUAUGUCGCUAAGUCAUGAUUUUUUAUUUUAUUACAUUUUAACAGUUUGAAUAUACAUAAAUAGGGGACCCCAUAAAUACAGUACCAGUACUAUUUUGAACUAGGUUUACAAAAAUUACACCUUACUGUACUUAUAACUAUUUCUUUAGACUUUUGUUCAAAACCAACUAAUUUUUUAAACGGUCGAAAACCGUAAGACAUAAAAAAAAUAUUUUUUCUAUUUUUUUCCAACCGCCUUGAUUCAUGCUGUUUUGCUGAAUAAGAACAUCUAGUUCUAAAUGACCUGUCACAGAUAAAAUAUACAUUAAAUUUUAGUAAUUUUUAGUGUUUGGUAGAAAGAAAGUUAAACAAUUAAGCGGGUCUUGUAAGGACUGACUCUGACAAAAUAUCAUGAAAAUUAAGUAAGUAGCGACCACAUUAAUAUUGCUAAAACUUGAAAGGAGAAACAUUACUUUUUGUAAUUUGAUUACCCAACUAUACCUAUCAGACAAAGUCCCCAAUAAAGAUAAGAAGCGACAACUAUAAUCCGUAGAGGAAAAAGAUACACACAGUUGUAUACAACCAGCAAAAAUAAUUAAUACUUAAUCACCACUUAAUCCAUAAACUAACACAACUAUAUAUAUUCCACAUAAUUAUAAAACCAAGCCCAUUUCUACGAACUUCCCUCUUUGACUCUGUCUUUCUCUCAUUCUUCUACUUUGGUUACAAUAAUGGGAAACACAUCUUCAUGCGCACCAUUGAUCAUAUCAUCACAUUCAUCAUCAGGAGUAGUCAAAAUCUUAUCUCCUUUCACCGGAACGCUCGAGGUCUUCUCUAAACCCAUCAAGACUUCCGAUAUCGUCUCUCAGAACUCCACUCACUUUAUCACCGACUCAACUUUGCUCCAAAUAGGACACCGAGUCACCGCCGUAUCUCCCGACGAGUUUUUGCGGCCUAGACGUCAUCUUUACCUCCUCCUUCCGACAGACAUGCUAUUCUCUGUCUUAACACAAGAAGAGCUCGAUCUCAUCUCGGAAAAAUCAGCAGAGAUACUCAACGAAAGUCGGUAUAACCAUUUGAAGAGAAUGUUCCCUGUUUGUAUGUUUCCAGUGUCCGGAGAUAGAAGAAGAAACUCAAUGUCCGUUGAUGAUGAUGAUCUUGAUCAUCAUCAUCAUCAUGAUCUUGCAGGUGUGGAAAUAAGAGAAACCCAAGAAGAAAAAAUUCUAUACGAAUCUAAAUAUGGAUCUUGGAGGCCUGGACUGGAGACGAUCGUGGAGAGCUAAAUGAAUAAAAUCUUGAGGAUUGUUAAAUACUUUUAUAUAUUACCAGUCGUAGACGAUUAUUUUUGGUUCUUUAUAUUUUGUUGUUCACGGUAUUGAGUUUUAGUUUAACUAUACAUUUUUCAAGUUAUAGAUAUUAGAAUGAACCAUGAGGUAUAGUUGUAUGCUUUUCGGUUACUUAGCAUGCAAGUAACUGAGUUCGACAGGAUAUUGUUUAUUAGCCGCUUAAGUAUUAAUCGGACAGCUAUAAUCAGUCUGUGUUUUGCUUCAUCGGAUAAAAAGGAAAAUGGUCAAUGAAGACGUUGGUUUCUGGUAAACCAGAUUUUAGGUACAGCUAUUUUGGUAUUCGGUACGUAUAAAGUAUUAUAUUCGAUUUUUUGCGACGCAUAUAUUAUUUAUAUAUGUGGAAGUACUAGUUUAUAAUAAGGUUUGAAGAAUUUUAUUUGAAGCAUACGUAGAUACUCUGUAUAUAAAAGAUAUCGCCAGCCGAUCAAAUUGGAGAGAAAUACGCAUUUUUUCCGUCCUCGGCUAAAAGUCCACACCUACCUGAUAAUAUAUUUAUCGCCUAAGCAAGCUGUUAGCAUUAUAAAACAAAUUAACAAAUGAUAAAGUAAAUAAACUUUUUAUGAGUAGUGUUCAAUCCAGUUUAUUCCAAACUAAUUAAAAAUUAACUUUUUAUGGUUCAGGAAAUGAAAAGCGACGUGAUUAUUGUAGAAAUAAAGUAGCAGAAUAAAAUAAAAACUAUUC